CUUUAAAUUCAUUCAUGCAUAUCUUUUUAGUUUACGCGGAAGAAUUCGUCGUGUGAUUUAGGAAGAGAAAAUUUAUCGUCUUUUCCGAUGGAAAAAUCCAGAAAUAGAAAGCAACAACAGAUGGUAAUGGAUGAUGGUGUGAAUAAUGGUGGUGAUAUUGAUAGGUUGCCUAAUGAUUUAGUAAUUAAGAUUCUGUCACACAUGAGCAUCAAGAGAGCUGCGAGGACUAGUGUCCUCGCGCAUAGAUGGAGAUAUCUUUGGAGGUUUUCCCAUGGGACUCUUGGAUUUGAUGGAAAACUAAUGGAAAAGGAAAAGUUCGAGUCUUGGGUGAAUGGUGUGCUGGAUCUUCAUCAAGCUCCGUAUAUUGAGGGCAUGAUCAUUAGCUUUGAGGGAGGGGUGGAGAUCCAUGAGAAGGCAUCUACGUCUCGUGCAGUUGAGAGAUGGUUGAAUUUUGCUAUGCAAAAGCAAGUUCAAAGGUUGGAAUUGAAUCUCUCAUUUCAAGAUAUGUAUAAAACGGAAAGCCCAACGGUUAGAUAUGUAUUCCCAACUCCUGAUGAGUUAAGAUCACAUUCACAUUCAUUUUGCCGCCUGAGAAGCCUUAGAUUGUCCCAUGUUCACAUCAGAAACGACGUGGUUCAUUAUUUUCUAGCAUCGUGUCCCAAUCUUGAAGAGUUAUGCAUACAGUUCUCUGACUACAUUAAGGGGAAUCUUCGAGUUGCGGAUCCACCGAGCUUGAGAGUUUUGGAGAUAACCGGAUGCACCUAUGUCAAGAGUUUGGAGAUAUCUGCUGUGAGUCUCGUCUCGUUAACAUAUGGAGGACCCAAAAACAGCUUGCUUCUGAAAAAAGCUCCGAAUCUUCGUGAAUUAUUUGUUAUAAGUGAUAUGUGUUUGUUCUUUGUUCUCGAGCCCAAGGAACACUCGAGCUAUUCAGUUCAGCUGGAGAAGCUUGUAUUGGAUUUUCGAUUUCAGAGUGUAUAUAGAGGUUAUGUUGCUGCUCCUCCUGAUUUGCCUCGAUUAUGCUCUCUCAAACGGCUGCAAGUGCAUGCUCAUACAGGUUGGGAUUCACCCCUUGACAUCUUCACAUCGUUGAUUGAGGCAUCUCCACACUUAUGUGAAUUUAGGAUUGAGCUGAGCUACUUGGAAGAACCUUAUUAUGAUGCACGUAGGUACGAACUUCCUCGUAUAGUAGGAUCCAAGGUUGGGAAAUUCGUUCAUAGAAAUCUUAAGGUGGUUGAAAUGAGCAGCUACGUUGGAUGUGGUCCUCCAGAAGAAUUGCUGGUGGCAUUGAUUUGGAGUUGUCCAUCACUUGAGAGGGUUGCGAUUCAUAUUCCGACUGAGAGGGUUGUGAUUCAUUUUCCGACUGAUUUCUAUGAUGAUUACUUCCUUAACGAGUGCAGGUGGCGUAAAGACGUCGUGCCUUUUGCAACCUCACGCGAGGAAGCAAAAGAACGCGCCCAACGUUUCAUAGCCGAAACGCGGAAGCAGAAGCCGAGUCUGCAGGAGUGGAAGCAGUGCCAGUGGGAGCGCCUUGAAUUCAUCGUCACAUGAAUUUGAAUCUAUUUAUCUGCCAUUUUGAUUAAUCUUUGGAGCAUUACUACUACAUCUCAUAUUAUAUAUACAUUGUGUUUUAAGUUAUUGAUGGAUGCUUUGUUUAUUAUGACACCACACGUUGUUUGUGUAUUUCAAACUGGAUACAACAUUUUGUAUU